AUGAACCUUUGCCAAGCUGGACCUUCUUCACCGCCCGCGGAUUUCCCAAGCCCCUUUGACCCUGAUGCUCUACCGCUCGCUUCUGGUGCCAUUAACGAGUGCAAUAACGAAACCAUAGAAACUUCAGUGUCUGCGGAAAUCCCCAGCCCCUAUAAAAGACAUUUUUAUUAUAAGAAAAAUAAAGAGGAACCAGACAGAAAACGAUCCACAAAAGAAAGAAUGCCUUCUAUAGUUUCGGAACACUUGUGUCAAGAAUAUUUUAAAAAGAAGUUAGCAAAAAAGUAA